UUUUUGGGCUCCCCGUUACUGGGUGAACACAAAAAAAACCAACCAACCAACACUUUCUUUUUUUUCCUUUUUACAGUGAAUUUCUGAGACCGCUGAGAUUCGCUUUUUUUUCUCUCUCUUCUUUCUACCAUUCUUUGACUUAUUGUUUCUGAGAUUUCCAUUCGUGUCUCAGUUCACUCGUCUUUUUUUUUUUUUUUCUUCCUUCUUCUUCUCUCGUUUUCCUUUUGGCUCGUCGUGCUCGCUCAAGUUCUGUCCAAGUUCAUUGACAAGUCUGACAAGCAAGGAAACACAAAGAAAGAGCAGAAACUCGAAACAAAAAAAAGUCAAGUCAAAGUCCCCUCUUCCUAACGUUCCCUCGAUUGAUCAUCAACGCGCAACGUCAAACAAGUCAACGCAACGUUCAUCGGUCGUUGUUUCGACUCUUGCGUCAUUUUCCUGUGGAUUUAGCACAAAACAACCCCCUUCCCAUCAAGCGUCAUCAACUUUUUCUUUUUGCAGCUCGUCACUCCACACCACGCAGAAAUGACGCUCACCUCGUCCUCUACCAGCCCCAACGGCGGCGGCUCGAGCAUGAUGCGCACCGCGUCGCUCCCCGCCACCUCGUCGGCUUCGGUCCGCGUGGUGUCCACCAACAGCCACAUUGGCUCAAAGAUCGUCAAGCCCAGCGUGUCCUCUGCCGCUGCUCGCCAGAUGCAGGCCCGCAUCACCGCGGCCGGCUCCGUCCAAGAGCUUCGUCAGCAACUACAAGCGCCCGCGUCGCUCGCCCUGAUGCGCCUUGCGACCGUCUCCUCUGAGCUCUUGGCGCCCUCUGCCUUUGUCGAUGCGGCCUCCAACAGCAGCAGCAGCAUCAGCAGCAGCAACAACGGCAGCAACGGCAGCAGCGCGUUGUCGUCGCCCGCCAUGAUGUCCAUGGACGAUGACUCGUACUAUGCAGCUGCUUCGAUCGUUGCCUCGGCGUCCGGCGCGGCCUCUUCGUCCUCGUCGUCGGCAAUGGCGUCCCCGCAGCCGUUCGUGCCGAUGCCCGCUGGCUCGGACCUGUUGGACGAUGCGCUGAUCGGCCUGCCGUCCUUCGACCCGACCGCUCCCCCGCAGCGCGUCAUGCAGGCGAGCAAGAUUCUGGCCAACAUGCUCCAGACCCAGCACGGCUAUCUGCCCACGCUAAACUUCCUCCGUCGCAUCCAGAAGGACGAAAUCCAAGAGUUUAUGCGCCGCGACAUUCUCGAGUGGCUCUUGCGUGUCUCGCAGCACUUUGAGCACCACGCUGAGACGUUUGCCACGGCCGUCAACCUGUUUGAUCGCUUCCUGUCCACGCUCAAGGUCAAGCCCACGCAUCUCCAGCUCAUCGCCGCCACCGCCCUGCUGAUUGCCGCCAAGUCGCAGGAGCAGUGGAACACCCACCCGACCCUCAGCAGCCUCAUCAACGCCUCGAACGCCGCGUUCGCCUGCAGCGACAUUCUGCGCAUGGAGCGCAUCAUUCUCGCGCGCCUCAAGUGGACGCUGGCCACCGUCACGCCCCACCUGCUCAUCCACCAGAUGGUGCCGUGCCUCGAGCAGACCCUCCAGUUUUCGGCCCAGCAGCUCGAUCGUCUCAUCCGUGACGCCGAGGCCUACAGCGAUGCCGCGCUCAUCGAGUACCGCUACGCCAACCAGCUGCCGUCCACCAUUGCUUGCGGCGCCCUCCUCUGCGCCCUCGCCCGCACCAGCCGCGGCGUCCAUGACAAGGACCUCAUCUCGGGCCUGCUUUCGCUCUCUGGCACCGAGUAUGACGCUGCGUCUGCCUGCUUUAUGGACAUGAAGGCGCUUCUGGUUGAUGACGGCCCGGUCAUGUAAAUCUCGCGAUCCAUCCAUCCAUCCAUCCGCACAAACAGCAUUCUUUCUUUUUCUCGUUCUACACACAUCCUCAAGACAAGAAAACCCAAAAAGCAACAAAAACAAAAAGAAAAACAAGUCCCGUUGCCUUUCCACAAAAAAACAACAAAAAACUUGAUCAACUUGACCACAAAAGCUCUAAAACGACCCUCAAAAAAACAAGCUGAUAUUUGUUUUGUUCUGUCCUGUGUCUCGCCUCGUUCCCCAAGCCUUACUGUCCGUUCUCAAGACUGCGUGUGUGUUCUUCCGUCUCGUUCUCUGACUAUUGUUUGUCCGCUGUUCCCUCUCCGUUCCUUCUUCCUGCAAUGUUUCCUGUUGCUUGAAAAACCUCUUAAAUCCCAAAAAAUAUAACUUGUGUUGGUCUCCUGA